AUGCAAAUUAUAAAUACGCUUUUUACCUAUCUCCGGAUAAGAUCUGAAGUUAAACCAUUCAAAAUACUAAACUUGCCUAGUAUUGCCUUGAAAAACGUUGUGAAUCAGAUGGAUAUACAUUUAGUCAUGAAGCUAUCAAAAACAUCAAAGAAAAUGCAUUCUAACAUGAAAAACGCUAAAAGAUAUACAAGUUAAUUAUCGAUAAUCACUACGAAUACAAUACAAAAAACCCUUGGCCCUCACUCAUCCAAAGAAUCUUACUUUUUGAAAAUAAAAGUGACUUUGUGUCCGUAUACCGUCAAAUGUGCAUGCGCAAGGAUAUAACUGCUUCACAUUUAGCCAAGUAUACUGUUGAUUUCUGGAUUGAAUGGUUUUACAACACAAACAAAUUGGACAAUAUCCAUAAGAAAUCUAUAUUCAAUUUUAACAAUUCGAAGAAAUGUCUGACACUAUUAACUCGCUUUGAUGACUUGUUCUCGAUUGACCACGUGGAUUUAAUUAUUAAUAUAGACAAACUUUUUGGGAGGUAUCGCUCAACAAUUAGACAUCCAUUGUUUCGAAAAUGUGAUUAUGUGGAGCUUGUUGGAAGAAAUUCGUAUUUGUCGAAUGAGGAUUUCAUAUGCAUUUUUUAUUGAAGAAUUUCAAUUUGAAAAAUGGAUUCUUCACUGAUUGUCAAUUAUCGAAUGACUUCAAUAUGACAGCUAUGUUCAAAAUUCCCCGUCUGUGUAUUUUUCACGCUGGUGAUAUAACACUGAAACAUUUAUUGUCCAUGGAUUGCAAAGUCAUCAAACUUUGGAGACACCAGCUCCACCCACAACUUAUCAAUCAGUUUAUUUAUCAUUGGAUGAAAGGAGCAAUGCCCAAUUUACGAAGACUUCGCCUGAAUUUAUUUUGUGAUUUUAGACGGAUUGAUGAGAUGUUGAAUGGAGUUAAACGUUCAAAAUGGGACAAUAAACGGCGCCCAAGAAUAUUUUACGAUGGAAUCGAGUGCAUUGAUUGUGGAGAUGGGGAGGAUAUACUACGAAAUGAUGGACAACUGGCAACAUUUUUCUGUAAAAACGAUAAUGUCGAGUUCCUUGUAUGGCACGAUGUGAAAUUCUAAUAAAGUAAUUAUUAAAUCAU